AUUCAGUUUUGACUCCACCGCCGCCGCCACGACACUGUUCUUUUUGCCUGUUUGCCAGAAGUCUCUGCGUUUGUUUAACAAAUAAAACACUUUCGAGUUUUCUGUCGCCCACAAAAAACAUCCGCAACAUGUCGUACCACAAGCCAGAAGCUAAGACCGUUCAGGAUUUGAAAGACUUGGCCCAGAAGCUGCGAAUUCAUUCCAUCACCUCCACUCAGGCCUCCAAAUCUGGACAUCCCACAUCAUGCGCCUCGCUGGCCGAGAUCAUGUCCGUGCUGUUCUUCCAACAGCUGCGCUUGAACAUUAAGCAUCCCCGGGAUCCAUCCAGCGAUCGUUUCAUCUUGUCCAAGGGACAUGCUGCACCCAUUCUAUACGCUGCCUGGGCCGAGGCUGGUCUGUUCUCCGUGGAUGAGCUGAAGAACCUGCGCAAGAUCGACAGCGAUCUGGAGGGUCAUCCCACACCUCGUCUCAAUUUCAUUGAUGUGGGUACCGGAUCUCUGGGUCAGGGCGUUGCCGUAGGCGCCGGCAUGGCCUAUGUGGGCAAGAACCUCGACAAGGCCGACUACCGCACCUACGUGGUUGUGGGCGACGGCGAGUCCGCUGAGGGAUCAGUGUGGGAAUCGCUGCACUUUGCCGGACACUACAAUCUGGACAAUCUGUGCGUGAUCUUCGAUGUCAACAGGCUGGGACAGUCGGAGGCCACCUCGCUGCAGCACAAGAUGGAUGUGUACAGAGACAGGCUCGAGGCCUUCGGCUUCAAUGCACUGGUUGUCGAUGGCCACGACAUCGACGAGCUGUGCAAGGCCUUCCACUGUGCCGCCAACACCAAGAGCAAGCCAACGGCAAUCAUUGCCAAGACCUUCAAGGGCAAGGACUUCCCCAACAUUGAGAACCUCGACAACUGGCACGGCAAGCCUCUGGGCGAUCAGGCCGACAAGGUGAUCAAGCACUUGCAGGGCCUGAUGGUCAAUCCCGACGUUAAGCUUUCGCCCAAGAAGGUGGGCAAGACCGGCCUGGCACCCGAGGUGGACAUCACGAACGUAAAGCUCUGCACUCCACCCAACUACAAGCUGGGAGACUCGGUGGCCACGCGUCUAGCCUACGGCACAGCUUUGGCCAAGAUCGGAGCUGACAACGAUCGUGUGAUUGCUCUGGACGGAGACACUAAGAACUCGACCUUCUCCGACAAGCUGAAGAACGUCUUCCCGGAGCGUUACAUUGAGUGCUUUAUUGCCGAACAGAAUCUGGUGGGUGUGGCCGUCGGUGCCGCCUGCCGUCGUCGCACCGUGGCCUUUGUUUCGACCUUCGCCACGUUCUUCACACGCGCCUUUGACCAGAUCCGCAUGGGCGCCAUCUCGCAGACAAAUGUGAACUUUGUGGGCUCCCACUGUGGCUGCAGCAUCGGCGAGGAUGGCCCCUCCCAGAUGGGACUCGAGGACAUCGCCAUGUUCCGCACCAUUCCCGGCAGCACGAUCUUCUAUCCCUCCGACGCUGUCAGCACCGAGCGGGCCGUCGAGCUGGCUGCCAACACCAAGGGCGUCUGCUUUAUCCGCACCUCGCGUCCCAACACUGCUGUGAUCUACAACAACGACGAGCCCUUCACCAUUGGACGCGGCAAGGUGGUGCGCCAGAAGCCUUCCGACGAGGUACUCCUCAUCGGAGCUGGCAUCACUUUGUACGAGUGCCUGGCCGCCGCCGAUCAGCUGGAAAAGGAGUGCAUCACAGUCCGUGUCAUUGAUCCGUUCACCGUGAAACCACUGGAUGUGGAUCUAAUUGUGGAGCAUGGCAAGCAGUGCGGUGGCCGUGUGGUUGUCGUCGAGGAUCACUACCAGCAAGGAGGCUUGGGAGAGGCUGUGCUCAGUGCCCUGGCCGAGCACCGGAACUUUGUGGUGAAGCAUCUGUAUGUGCCCACUGUACCACGCUCGGGUCCACCAGCGGUUCUCAUCGAUAUGUUUGGCAUUUCGGCACGCAACGUUGUCCUCGCCGUCAAUGCCAUCUUGAAGAAGUGAGGAACCGGCUGCCAAUCCCUAAGAGCCUUCAGCUUAAUUUCCAUUCCACAUACA